AUGAUGGAUGAGACCGAAGCGACGACAGAGACGCUAGAGACGCUGAAUGCAGAGGAGCUGGAGCAGUGGCAGCAGGUGCGCCCUCUUUGCCGCCGGGGCUCCGGCCUGGUGGAUGUGGCAGACGAGAACGCUACCCAUGUCCAGGCGAGACUGACCCGGGGCUGCCGCCGAUGCUCCGGGGGCCUGGCCCAGGUGCAGCAGGGUGCGUGGGCCCCGUGCGCUUGCCCCGAGGGCUGGACCUGCACAGAGCCGGAGACCAUGCAGAUGCCUCGGGGCAUGGUGCCGCUGAACCUCAGCGACCUGGGCCAGCUAGCGAAGUGUUUGAGCAGCUCCGCCUGCCCCGGUGGCCAGCUUCCAGUAGACUCCAAGAAGCCUUGGUGCGCACCAGGCUGCCUGGGCCCGCUUUGCGCCGUCUGCGCUGACCGGUUUUACCAGGCAAAAGGCGGCUGCGAGAAGUGUUCAGAGGCGACGGACCAAGACCUGCGGUCGCUGUGGGCCGUGGCGGCCGUCCUCGGCAUCGCUGGCGUUCUCGUGGCUGUGGCAACGUGGCUGCUACGGACAACUGUGGUGGGACGCUGGAACAAGGCGCAUGCUCGCUGGCACGUGCUGGCCGAAUUGGCUGCACGUCAGGCUGUGGUUUUGUUGCAGCUGGCCCAGCUCUAUGCAGUGCUGGGCACCUCCGUGCAAGGCCCAGUCACCCACCAAGGCUCUCGGGAGUGGGACCGAACGUUUAUGGACUUCACGCAGCUGACUUUGGCACAGGUCAAGGACGCAGUCCGUGCAGAGUGCCUAUGGCACGGCCCGACAGUGCGCUUGGCAUCAGCGCUGGCUUCGCCGGUGGUGCCUGUGGUGUUGCUGCUGGCGUGUUCAAUGCUGGAGCUCCUGAAGCCAUCCUUAGGCGCCAGCAGUGCCUUCAAGGCGCUAACCAUGUUAUACAUUGGUGGUGCUCGCCAAUCUAGCGACCUUCUCCGCUGCCAAAGAGUAGACGCAGGUGGUGAUCCUCUGGGAGACUACGCGUUUCUGGAGAAGCUGCCGUUCAUUUCGUGUUCGGACAACUCGGGUGCGGCGCAAUGGGUGUACGUCACGGGCUGUGGCACGGCCUUGUUCUACGUCUUCAUUAUACCAGCGGCCCUCCUGUACCUCUUUGCUCGCCAGCAUGUGAUAUUGAAGCCGAGCAAAACCGUGACCGCCGUGGCCGAGAGAUCGAAGGCAGGGUGGCUCGUCAGGCUGCAGCCCAUCCGAGAGAUCCAAGGCGCCGAACACCCGCAGGAUGGCGAGCACCUGCUCGCUGCUGCAGUGGCUCACAUGGCAGUGGCGCUCAGUGGAGAGGUACGCCUGCAGCUGCGUAAUGGCAAGGCGGAGAUGAGAACGGCGGAUGUGAGCGGACUCCUUGAGACCGAUGACUCGACCACGCAGACGCUGCGUUUCCAGGCCAUCAUGGAGAUGCUGGUGGAGCGUUGUGAAAUGGAGAGGGCCUCAACACAGGACCGUCUUUUGGGUGGUGCCAAGGAGGUGUUCUUCAAAUAUGCAUUAUGCCGCUGUGUUUGGAUGGAGUUUGUGCAGAAGCUUUUGGCCGUUGGCAUUCUGGCUGUGAUGUCCUCAGAUAAUGCCUUGAGCCUGGUCUUGGCCAUGAGUUUGGGCAUGGCCGCAAUCAUUGCCAUGGUUCGGCCCUACAUCCAGCCCCAGAUGAACGAGUUGCACUGCAUCUCCAUGAUUUGUCUUGCAGGGGCGGCUACUGGCUUCUCCAACGCCGGGGCUUCCAGGGAUUUCGCUCACUGGCUUUGGCUGAGCCGCGUUUCCUUUCUGCUGCCUUUGCUGCUGGCCGCUAUGCAGGUUCUAAGGCCGGACAGCUGCGAAGCCCUUGCCACACGCCUCUUCCAGGAGGCCCGCCAGAAGUUGCCGGAGCUCAAAGAGGAGAAGGAAGUGGAGCUGUCGGCGGAGAUGCUGAGCUUUCUCUGCGGGCUCCUGACCCGCUGUACGGGGUUCGGGGAGUUUGAGGGGCCAGUCCGGAAAUUUUGGAACUCCAACCCGGUGCCUGACCUGGUCGAGAACUUGCCUGAGCUCAAGUGUGAGCUGGUGGCGGGGGACUACCAAGUGCCCAAGGAGGGUCUCAAGCUGGAGACUUGCACUUUCGGAGCCGUCGACCUGAAGGUGCAUUUGCUGGGGCCGCUCACCGUGCGUGGAAAUGUCACAGUGCUGGGAAACCUCACACUCCUUGGGCGCGGAAUCUCCAAGAAAAGGGCGUUCCAACAGGCGUGCUUUACCAUCGGUGGCACGCUGUCCGUGUCUGGUAGCCUGGUGGUGAAGAAUUGCUACAACAACGGUGUUGGAGACAGGGCACAUGGUGGCUGCCUCAAUGCCAGCGACCUGGUUUUGCAGGAGGGCCUUUUGGGCCUUGAGAACUGCAAGACUUCCGGGCACGGCGCUGGGGCAUCGCUGGGCACUUUGCUCCAGAGGGGUGGCGAGCUGAAUUUCUCCGAAUGCGAUGCACAGAUGGAUGGCGGAGGCCUGAACGCCAGAUCCCUGGACAUGGAGGGAGGCCUCCUGAACUUCAAGACCUGCGUGGCUCAGGGCGGCGGGGGUGCGCGGCUGGAGACUCUACAUCAGAGGGCAGGAAAGGCGAGCUUCAUCCAGUGCGCAGCGCGCGGGGAAGGAGGAGGCCUCGCUGCCCGGCGCUUGAUGCAAGAGGGCGCCAUGCGCUUCGAAGAUAGCUUCGCAGGCCAUGGAGGUGGCGCGCAUGUGACAGACCUGAUCACCAGCGGGAACCUUUCCUUCGAAGGCUGUAGGGCUCAGACAGGCGGCGGCGGAGGUGGCUAUGCCAGAAGACUCACCCAGUCGGAGUCAGGCCAGCUGAUUUGCCGGAAUUGCGUAGCCGAAUCUGGUGGCUGCCUGUUGGUGGAGACAAAAGUGGCUCUUCUGGGCGUGUUGAAGGCGUCCUCCGUGGCCGCACCUCGGGGCAGCGUGCUGCGGACGCGUGGACCGGAUCUUUCCCAGCUACAACGCUUGGAGAUACAGGGAGCCCAGGGCAUCGCCCUGGACGGGGACGCUAUGAAUAUCUCCGAGCUGGCCCUCGGCCCGUCCGAGGUGCCCUUCAGGCUCAAGGCGAGAAGUUUGUUUCUGGACUCGGCCAACUGCAGCGCGAUGGAAGAAUGUACCUUCCAGUUGCACAAGCAAGCGGAACAUCACAGAAUCGACAAGGACAUACAGGAGAAUGUAAUCCAGCACGAGAAGUGGAUGAGCCUGGUGCGGCCUCUCUGCCGCCGGGGCUCAGGGCUGGUGGAGGAGGAGCUGGCGGGCCGCGAGGGGAAGCAUUUCGAUGCUGUGGAGGCCUCGUUGACCCGGGGCUGCCGCCGCUGCCCCGCGGGCUUGGCCCAGCUGCGGCAGGGCGAGUGGGCCACCUGCGGUUGCCCCAGGGGAUGGACCUGCGCGCCGGAGAAGAUGCAGAUGCCCUCAGGCGCCAUGCCGCUGAACCUCAGCGACCUGGGCCGGCUCUCGAGGUGCUUGAGCAGCUCCGCCUGCCCCGGCGGGCAGCUGCCGGAGAACGUCUCGCAGCCUUGGUGCGCACCAGGCCAUCUGGGUCCGCUGUGCGCAGUUUGCGCCGACCGGUUUUACAGGGCCAAAGGCGGCUGCGAGAUCUGCGCCGAGGCGUCAGACCAGGGCCAGCAAUCCCUGUGGGCCAUGGCUGCCGUCCUAGGCAUCGCUGCUGUUCUCGUGGCUGUGGCGGCGUGGUUGGUACGGGGUAGAGUGGAGCAGCGCUGGAAGAAGGCGCAUGCCCGAUGGCACGUGCUGGUCGACUUGGCUGCGCGGCAGGCAGGGGUCCUGCUGCAGCUGGCCCAGCUUUAUGCGGUUCUAGGCACCCUGGUGGAAGACCCGCUCACCAGUGAAGGCUCCCAACGGGAGCUCUGGGAGCGCAAGUACAUGGACUUCAUGCAGCUCAAUUUGGCACAGGUCCAGGACGCGGUCCGGGCGGAGUGCCUCUGGCAUGGCCCCACAGUACGCCUGGCAUCAGCGCUGGCUUCGCCGGUGGUGCCCGUGGCGAUGCUGCUGGCGUGUUCAAUGCUGGAGCUUCUGAAGCCGUCCCUAGGUUUCAGCAGUGCCUUCAAGGUGCUGACCAUGUUCUACAUCGGUGGUGCCCGGCAAUCCAGCGACCUCUUCCGAUGCCAAGAGGUAGAUGCAGGCGGUGAUUCCCUGGGGGACUUUGCUUUUCUUCAGAAGCUGCCGUUCAUUUCGUGUUCAGACACCGAAGGCACGGCCCGCUGGGUCUACGUCACGGGCUGUGGCACGGCCUUGUUCUAUGUCUGCAUUAUACCAGCUGCCCUCAUGUACCUCUUCGUCCGCCAGCAUGUGAUAUUGCGGCGGAGCAAGACGGUGACCGCCGUGGCCGAGAAGUCGAAGACCGGGUGGCUGGCGAGGCUUCAGCCCCUGGAAGGCCCGAACCCCCAGGAUCAGGAGCACCUGCUUGCUGCCGCGGUGGCGCACAUGGCGGUUGCGCUCCGGGGCCAGGUGCUGCUACAGCUGCGCGAUGGCCAGGCGGAGAUGAGAACUGCGAAGGAAGAGUUUCGCACCGAUGCGGAGCUGAAUGUGAGCAGAUUCCUUGAGACCGACGACUUCACCACGCAGACGUUGCGCUCCCGGGCCAUCAUGGAAAUGCUGGUGGAGCGUUGCGAAAUGGAGAGGGUCUCAAAGCAGGACCGCCUUUUGGCCGGCGCCAAAGAGGUGUUCUUCAAAUACGCCUUGUGCCGCUACUUCUGGAUGGAGUUUGUGCAGAAGCUGUUGGCCGUUGGCCUUCUGGCUGUGGUUUCCACGGACGACGCCUUGCACCUGGCUUUGGCCAUUGUUCUGGUCAUGGCCGCCACCAUUGCAAUGGUUCGUCCCUACAUCCAGCCGCAGAUGAACGAUCUGCACUGCUUCUCCAUGAUUUGUCUUGCAGGGGCGGCUAUUGGCUUCUCCACCACCGGCACUUCUGGGGAUCUCGCGUACUGGCUCUGGCUGAGCCGCGUGUCCUUUCUGCUGCCUUUGCUGCUGGCCGCUACUCAGGUGCUCAAGCCGGACAGCUGCGAGGCACUUGCCGCACGCCUCUUCCAGGAGGCCCGCCAGUUGCCGGAGCUAAAGGAGGGGAAGGAAGUAGAGCUGUCGGUGGAGACAGUGAGCUUCCUCUGA